AUGGCAGAUUGCGCCGCUCGGCCCUUGCAUGCCACAUCAUCGGAGGUCUCAGCAGCCGGAGACGAGCUCAUUAGAUUGAUAUUGCGCGACUUUGUGCGCAAAUGGCACGAUCCUUUGGCCAAUGGGGAGGGAGAGGCCAGAACCCUCGCUCACUCGCCUGGCCCUCAAAAUGCAGCAGGCGAAACACCUGGGUUGAGCUUCCCUCGUGCCGUCGAAAUUACCAUUAGACACACUAUUGCCCUGCUGAUCGCCAAGGCUCAGUCCAUGGAUGUGCCACAUCUCGCAAUGGCGCGCAUUUUACCAUUGGUCACAGCCCAUGUCGAAGAGUACCGCAAAGCAGAGCUCUCACUUCUUGGAGACUCUUGGGCAGCUCGACGUUCAGGUCCGAGCGUUAGUGCUAGUGUUGCUGAUCUUGACGUCCAAGACGACCUCUUCGUCGCUGGAAAGUACCUCCAUGGCCGCCUCCAUUCGGCUGUUGGCAGCCUGUCAAAUCCCAGUUCGAAGGCAACUGAGCAGAAUCAUCUUCGCCACAUGGUGGAACGAGCUCUGCGAGCGCUCCUUCCACAAAAGGAGCGAGACAGCAGGGCGGUUCUGGUGACCGUCCGGGAACUUGUCGCUUGCACCGUCAUGCAGCCCAUUGUGGACUUGAUCAGCGAUCCGGACUUUUUCAACCAACUACUGAUCCAGAAGGCUGGUGCAGCGCUGGAAGAACACAGGAUGGUUCAGAGAUUGCGCGAGGCGAUCGACAAGCAGGCACAAUCUCCGAAUGUGCAGGUGAAAGACGCAUCCUCAGCUCCAAUGAAGGCUCCCAAAGUUUCGAAAGUGGACAAUUUGGACGCUUUUGAUGCUCUCGCUCGGAGCAUCGCAAAGUCAAACUCUAUCAUGGAUGUGCGCAGGCUGAGGAAUGAUAUCAAUAUGCAAAUUCGUAAGGCAAAGCUUGCUAUGGACGAGCAACCUCAGUCAAUCCGAGCAAGGUCCCAGCUGGAAAAGCUGAAACAAGCGCUCUCGGCAGCGGAUCAGAAAGUCGUAGCCCUUGGAGGGCAGCGCGCUGAUGCGAGUAGGAGUGCGGGCGCAGUAAGUGAUGUCACACUUCUGCAGAUUCUGAACAAUCCCUCGUCUAUGGGUUACUUCAUGGAAUUCAUGGACCGCCAACGCAAGUCGCCUGUGAUUCAAUUUUGGCUUGCUGUGGAAAGUUUCAAAGACCCGCUCGAAGCCAUCGACAUGGACGGCGAUGGUAGCAGUGCUACCGACCAAGCUUCUGGAGAACCUUCCUCAGCAAUCAUCAAGACAUUGGAGGAUGAUAUCCGAUUUUUUGUCGACGCGUACUAUUCGUCACCGUUGGUGCAGAUCGGAGUUCGGGAGCGUCUUGCUGCAGAGGCGUUUCUAUCGAAAGGUAGCUCUGGCUCCAUUUCUAGCACGGAUCUUAGACGUGCGAGGCAGAGCGUAUUACGCGCCCAGACACAGGUGCUCGAAUCGAUGCUUGAUGACGAUUGGCCAGCUUUCAAGGCCAGUGCGCUAUAUCACCGCGCAGCGGAAGAUUUUCGGAGCUCGAUACCAAGCCAAGUUCCAUCAGAAGAUCCAGCGAGAGCAAUAGGUACCGAACUCAGACCAGUUCCAACCGACAUUCAGCGAUUUGGUACAAGAACUACAACCAACAUUUCCGCUUCGGCCAAAGUUAAACUGUUCGGAGAAGAAUCUGCCAGCGAACGUGACGGCGUCUUUGGUGAUCGCGCAUCUGUCAGAGGGACAAGGAAUACAAAUCUCGACUUCCUCACAACUACACAGUGUCGCGAUCGCGAUGGCCGCUCACCAUUGUUCUCGGAGCCGCUCUUUGAUGAAGAAGUCGAGGAUAUUGGAAUUGCCUCUCCCCAGUCCGGCAGUGACAGCGAUUACGUCCAGGUUGAGCGCAUGGAUGCCAUUCAGCACGCUCUCACUUCGAUUAUUGGAGCAGACGAUGAUCGGAGACACGGCACCGUUCGUGAGGAUGUGCAACUGCCCGAGGCGGAGAGGCUGGAUGAGUUCGGACGACCGCGGGCUUUGAUCGUUGAAGAUGCUGCAGCCCAAAAAGCAGCAACGAAGGCGGCGUCAUCUCAGAAUCCGAUUGGAUCGGGUCAGCAGACACCGACGGCAGAUGGCGCACCAACGGAAAAUGCGUUAGCAGUAGUGCCUGUGGAGAUGCUGAGCGCGAAGCUGAAGCAGCUGGAAUCUCAGGCGACAGUCAUCACAGCGUUAGUACAGAAAGCUGAGCUCACGGGAGCUCCUGCGAAAGAGCGCCGGGUACUACUCAAGAGUCUUGAGACUGUGAAACUGGAGACUGCAGAGAUCACCUGGCAAAGGAGGCAAGCGGAGCUUGUGCAAGGCAAAGGUCGCAUUGUGCCAGGUCGUACGCAGGUCAAGAUCAACGCUCACACUAUCGCAAAGGAUUCCGACGGAAAGGAGCACGCAUUGUACUUGAUUGAAGUUGGCAUACUUGCAGAGGCUGAGGAGCGAUUACUCUCGGGCUGGAUCGUGCCCAGACGCUACUCCGAGUUCUGGUCCUUGCAUCAAGAGCUCAAGGACAAAGUCGAUAGAGUAAGAGCACUCGAAACCGAUCUUCCAGGUCGACGCUUGGUCAGCAUCACACAUGCUGCCUUUGUCGAAACGCGACGCGUAGGACUCGAGCGCUACCUUCAAAAGUUGAUCCAGGUCCCGGCCGCUGCUGAAAGUGACGAGCUGCGAGCCUUUCUAGCGCCUCAAGCCCGCAAAGAUACCCGUACUGAAAAAAGCAACUCCGCACUCCCUGGGAACAGCAUACUUCAGACAUUGUUUAAAGGUGUUGGCGGAGUUGCGGAGGGCCUAGACGAUCUUAUCUACCUUCCCUCUAUGCUUGAUAUUGUCACUCAACAACUAUCUUCUCAAUCACCCAUUAGCAUAUGGCCAGCGGCGGUCACCCCUCGAUCUCUUCCUAGCGCAUCAGCCUUACCGUCAGCCUUAGUCGACAAAGCGCAAACCAAGAGUGGAGCAAGCACUGCUCAGCUACAAGAAGCUUCGUCUACUGCAAGCCCGCUUUGUGACCUGCUCAUUGAGAUAUUUGAACUCAAGGUUGGCAACAAUUGGCUCCGGCGCCAGGCCAUCGUCGUGUUGCUGCAGCAAUUGCUGGCGGGUACAAUUGACGGGAAAGUGAGGGAGGCUGUCGCCGAAGCAACGUCGCCCCCAGCUCUUCUCCGCCAUCUGCAGAGCUUUAAAGAUGGCCUUUGGCCAAAGGGUGAGCUCAAGGAGCCAGGUGUACCACGAACCCCAGCGCAGAAGGCGAGUGCAAGAGACAGUGCCAACCAGAAGGUCUCGACACUCAUUCCCAAUCUGGCUGCAAAUUUUAUCGGUCGACAGAAUGCAAGAAAGGGUGUCCGCACCGUCUUCUCGAUGGUGCAGAAUCAGCGCCUCAAUAAACAUCUCAUCUACACCAUCUUAGAUUUGAUCUUCGACGAGCUCUUUCCCAAUAACGCAUACGAGACUUGCUGA